AUGGAUUAUUUCUCUCAAAACACACUUGCAAUUCUUCUCCUUUCAACCGUCCUUUUCUUCAUAAUUCUCUUCCAUCACUCCAAAACCAAGAAAAUCAAACAACCUCCAAUAGUUUCUGGUGCAUGGCCAAUAAUAGGCCACCUUCCCCUCUUAGCCAAAUCUCAACCAACUCAUCAUUUUCUAGGUGCCUUGGCAGACAAGUAUGGUCCUAUUUUCACCAUCAAACUUGCACCGCGAAAACUCUUGUAA